CAUACCCAUACUCACUAGCCCUUUACAAGGUUUAAAAUUUAAAUUCGGUUCACAAAUCGCAUACCCAACUAGUUCAGACUUGGGCCCAUUCACAAUCCACAAGUCCACGUCAUCAAUUUCCAUCCAUCCACUUCAUCUCCCGCUAAAUCUAUCAAUAUCAAAUCAAUCCUACGUGUCAUCCCACCAUUGCAGAAGCAUCAAUAGCCGUUAAUUUCAACCACCCAUUUUUUUUCUUCAUCAAAAUUUUCCAGCAAAAUCCCAAAAACCCUAGCAAAAAAAAAAAACGAUGAAUUUCAAGCCGCCGGAGACGAAAACGACAUCGUCGACGUCUUCAAUGACGGCGGAGAAAGCGCUCUCGUUGAUAACUAAAGGAUGGGAAGAAGUACGUUCAUCAGCAGACGCUGAUUUACAGCUGAUUAAAAAUCGCGCCAAAGAGUUUGAGAAUUUUGUCCCAAAAAUUACAGCCACUGCCACUACAGAAAUCGAGAAGCUUCGUCCGAAAUUAUCGGAAAUACGAAGGGUAUAUUCGUCACCGGAUUUUAAAUGGGCUCCGAAAGGGAAAGGGAAGCUCCGAAUUGAUUUGUCGGGUAUGAGGAAUGGAAUUGUGAGGGAAAAGGGAAUGGAGGAGGAGGAGGAAGGGCAAUUUGGGGAAUUGAAUUGGGAACCAAUUAAGGCGUUUAGGGAUAGGUUAAGGGAGAUGGAAGUAGAGGUUAAGAGUCCGAAUUCGUCGAAUCCGGUGGAAAUUUUUGAAGGGAUUAAGAAGAGUGAGUUUGUUGAGAAAGUGAAAUCGAGCUUGAUUUCUCAUUUAUUGACAGAAAGCAUAAAUAGCAUAGUGAUUUUGCUUGUAGAGAUUUUGAAAUCAAUUUGCAAGGAGCCAGAGGAGAUGAAGGGAGUUCCGCCACUGGAUGUGCCAGAGUUGUUAGCAUAUUUGGUUAGACAGUCGAGCCCAUUUUUGGAUCAAAUUGGCAUAAGAAGAGAUAUCUCCGAUAAGAUUGUAGAGAGUUUAUGCAGCAAACGUCGGAACAAACUUCUGUUACGUUCCUUACCUGAAGGAGACUCUUCCCUGAUCGAAAGUGAUAAUAUAAAUGAUGAACUAGAUCUACGAAUUGCCAGUGUACUGCAGAGUACUGGUCAUCAUUAUGAAGGUGGUUUCUGGAGUGAUUCUACAAGGCAGAACGUAUCAGAUGGUAAAAGACACGUAGCCAUAGUCACAACGGCUAGCCUUCCUUGGAUGACAGGAACAGCUGUCAAUCCUCUCUUCCGAGCGGCUUAUUUGGCUAAGUCUGAAAAGCAGAAUGUUACACUCUUGGUUCCAUGGCUAUGUAAAUCUGACCAAGAACUAGUUUAUCCAAACAAUCUUACAUUUACUUCACCAGAAGAGCAGGAGCUCUACAUACGGAAUUGGCUUGAAGAAAGAGUCGGAUUCAAGACCGAUUUCAAGAUCUCGUUUUAUCCUGGAAAGUUCUCCAAGGAAAGGCGAAGUAUAAUACCAGCUGGAGAUACUUCUCAGUUUAUCCCAUCAAGGGAUGCGGAUAUUGCAAUCUUAGAGGAGCCAGAACAUCUAAAUUGGUACCACCAUGGCAAACGUUGGACUGAUAAGUUUAACCAUGUUGUUGGUAUUGUUCACACGAAUUAUUUGGAAUAUAUCAAAAGAGAGAAGAAUGGGGCUCUUCAAGCUUUCCUUGUGAAACACAUAAAUAAUUGGGUCACUAGAGCGCAUUGCGACAAGGUGCUUCGCCUCUCUGCUGCUACACAGGAUUUACCCAGGUCUGUGGUCUGCAAUGUUCAUGGUGUAAACCCGAAGUUUCUGAAAAUUGGAGAAAAAAUGGCUGCAGAAAGACAAAGUGGUCAGCAAGUUUUCUCUAAAGGUGCAUACUUCUUAGGAAAAAUGGUUUGGGCGAAAGGCUACAGGGAGUUGAUAGACCUGUUAGCAAAGCACAAAAGUGACCUUGAUGGUUUUAAUAUGGACGUGUUUGGCAACGGGGAAGAUUCUCAUGAAGUGCAGACAACAGCUAGGACGUUAAAUUUGAAUGUCAACUUCAUGAAAGGCAGAGACCAUGCCGAUGAUUCUCUUCAUAGUUAUAAAGUCUUCAUAAAUCCUAGUAUCAGUGAUGUACUCUGUACAGCCACAGCUGAGGCGCUCGCUAUGGGGAAAUUUGUAGUUUGUGCAGAUCACCCGUCUAAUGAGUUUUUCCAGGCAUUUCCCAACUGCUUGACUUAUAAGACAUCUGAAGACUUUGUCGCAAAGGUUAAAGAAGCAAUGUCCAGUGAGCCUCAGCCUCUCACUCCCGAGGAACAAUAUAAGCUUUCGUGGGAAGCAGCAACACAGCGAUUCAUGGAAUAUUCCGACCUUGAUAAGCUUUUGACUAGUGAAACCGGCGGUGACAAGAGAAGAAGCCGGGAGGGCAUGGGAAAAUCGGUUUCCAUGCCAAAUCUGGGAGGGAUGGUUGAUGGCAGUCUGGCAUUUGCGCAUUAUUGUCUCACGGGUAAUGAGCUCUUGAGGCUGUGUUCGGGUGCAAUACCAGGAACACGAGAUUAUGACAAGCAGCAUUGCGAAGAUCUCCGUCUCUUACCUCCUCAGGUAGAGAGCCCAAUUUAUGGCUGGUAGUGGUAGAUGUAUACCUUGCGUGCUAUGGUGGGGUCGGGGAAAGGGCCAGACUACAAGGCUCUACUGUACGCGGCCUUACCCUGCAUUUCUCCGUAAAAAGCUUUUUCCACGACUUGAACCGUGACCUCCUAAUCACACGACAACAACUUUACCAGUCACACCAAGGCCACCCUUUUGGCAGAUGUAUGCGUUAAAUGACCUGUAUAUGAAUUUUUAGUAUUAGUAUGUACCAUAGGUGUGAAUGUGAUGUAACCUGGAUACUUGUAACUCGUUAGCGGGUAACAGUUCCGGAACCAGGAUUUUCGCAUGAGAAGUAAUUUUGAUCCUUAUAUAAAGCGUAAUUUUGAUCUUA